AUGGAGGAUGUCACGGUUGACAUUGGGAGACCUCUGAAUGCUCGGAAUCUGAAGAGUAUGGGGGUAAUUGAGCAGGUCAGAAUCAAACCUACUCAAGACACUUCUUGGGAAGCACUCAAGGAUCAGAGGAAGAAUCCCAACGGACUCUAUCUCUUCUCCAAGAUUGACCCUCCAGAAGUGGUGGCUCACUACUUGCAGGAUCUGGCAAAUCAAGGGGUGGACAUUUCUGAGUUCUCGGUGGACUGGCUACCAGAGCAUCCACCAAAUUUAAUGAAGAGACAACGGGAGCCGUCUGGCAAGUCCAAGAAGGCGAAGAAGGCAAAGCUGAGAGAAACUUCUGGGUCAAGAGCUCUAGUCCCUCUGGCUGACUCCCCAAUCACUUCUCCACCCCCUGAACAACAAAAUCCACCUCCAUCUGACCAACCACAAACACCACCACCUGCACGACAAUCUAAUCCACCUCCUGAACAACCAAUACCCUCACCAUCUGAACCUCAACCUAAUCCACCUCCUCAACAACCAAUACCCUCCUCAUCUGAACCUCAACCAAAUCCACAACCUGAACAAACAACAUCAUCUCCCUCUGUUAUUCCCUCACCACCAACCUCUGUUGCCACCAUCAUUCCCAUUCAAAAUCCAGAUGACACCAAUCAAACCCCUCCAUCCUCCCCCGCCUUUGACUCUGAACCAGAAACUGCCUUCCCCAUCUUAGAAGAAGCAAUAAUUGUUUUUGCAGAGUCUUCAGUGGAGAAGAUCAAGUGUCUGUCUAUCAACUCUGGAAUCAAUGAUGAUCCCUUUACAGUAAGGAUCCACUGGAACAGAGUGAUCAGAUGGAUAACCUCUGAAUCCUUCAAACUGAAAGGCCUCUUUGAACAAGUCCACAACGACUUCAUCAGAGAUGCUGAUAUAAGGCUCCAAGCUCGCUUGGCCAGAGAGGAUGAAGAAAAGGUCAGGAAGGAAGCAGAAGAGAAAGCUCGCCUGGAAGAAGAGCAGAGGACCAGAGAAGAUGAAGAAAAGGUUGUUGGUGAAGUUGUUGCUGUUGCGGCUGCUGCUGAGGCUGAGGCACAAGCUAAAGCCGAAGCUGAAGAAGUGGCACGCGUUGUUGUAGAGGAAGCUGCCAAGGCCAGUGCUGAUGCUUUGACUCAGGGGGAGAAAUCUAACUCUGAGAGACAUGAUUCAAGAUCAGAACGAGAUAGGUUAGAAAAUACCUCCUCAAUAUCGGAGUCGGAUUCUGAUUCUGAUAAUACCUUGUCUUCUAGUUUGUCAGAACCUUAUGGAUUAUCUAUAGUUGUCAUCAAUGCAACGUUGGGUUUUUCUUCGUCAGAAUCUUCUUCUUCGGAUUCUGAGUCAUCCGGUGUAGCCAUCAGCCCCUUCUCGCCUUUAGAAAAAUUCUUCUUAGGCCUUCUAUCCUUUUUCAACUUAGGACAAUCAUUUUUGUAG